AUGAAAUCGACUGCCAACAUAUUUAGUAGGUAUGAAAUGGGCACUGUAAGUGAAGUAUCGGUCCCUUUGAACACCUGCAACAAGGUUUUUGUUCAACGAGAUUAUUCUCAAGGACUAGGUGUCCAAUUUGAAGUUACUUACCCUGCUGGCUUGGAAGGAAAGGUACUUUUGGUAUUAUGGAACACAAUUGAGACCCUGAACGAGCAUUAUAAUAAAGCGGAAGAAGUUUGCUGCGCAACGGUCAUGGAAACUUUGAUUGGAUGUUUUUCAUGUUACGUUUCUCGAAUAUUCUCGAAGGUAACAUACGAGAAACAGUUGAUAGAAAUAAAGAAGUUCAUUGACGAACAAAAUGAAAGGAUAUACAUUCCUGCUGGCUUGCACUUGACCGAUCCGAUAGAACGAGGGAUGCGAGUGGUAAUUUUUCCAGUUUUUAGUCAGAUGUGGAUGGAAAUUAUGGAAAUUCAGCUUUAG